UUUUAUAAAUAAAAACCAUAAAAACCCAAAGUUUGCCUUCCACAAGGGGCAAGAAAGAAACAAGGGUCAAUCAACCAACCAAACCAAGCAAUGAGGCCACCAAGACCAACCAUAGCUCUUUACCUCCUGUCCUUCCUUCUCUCCCCCCUUGCACUUCACAGACCCACCUUUGCCAUCAAAAAGUCAUAUGUGGUGUACUUGGGAUCACAUUCACAUCCCCCAAACUUAUCAGAACUUGAACUAAACCAAGUGAGAGAGAAUCACUAUGAGUUUCUUGGGUCCUUCUUGGGCAGCCAUGAAGUUGCAAAAGAAUCCAUCUUUUACUCAUACACAAAGCACAUCAAUGGCUUUGCUGCCACAUUAGAAGAAGAAGAGGCAGCUCAGAUAGCCAAGCAUCCAAAGGUAGUCUCCAUUUUCUUGAACCAGGGAAGAAAAUUACACACAACUAGAUCAUGGGAUUUCUUGGGACUUGAGCAUGAUGGUGUUACUCCACCCAACUCAAUCUGGAACAAGGCAAGAUAUGGUGAAGAUACAAUCAUAGGAAACCUUGAUACUGGCGCAUGGCCAGAGUCCAAUAGCUUUAGUGAUGAAGAGUAUGGACCAAUUCCAUCCAAGUGGAAAGGAAUCUGCCAAAAUGAGACAGAUUCUGAAUUUUACUGCAACAGGAAGCUAAUUGGAGCAAGAUACUACAACAAGGGCUAUGCUGCAGCUGCUGGCACCCUAAACUCCUCCUUUGACUCACCAAGAGACAAUGAAGGCCAUGGCUCUCACACCUUGUCAACAGCUGGGGGCAAUUUUGUAACUGGGGCAAGUGUGUUUGGGUUUGGUAAUGGAACAGCAAAGGGUGGAUCACCAAAAGCCAGAGUUGCAGCCUAUAAAGUGUGUUGGCCUCCAGUGAAUGGAAAUCAGUGCUUUGAAGCAGAUAUAUUGGCUGCAUUUGAUAUUGCCAUCCAUGAUGGUGUUGAUGUAUUGUCUGUGUCACUGGGUGGAUAUCCCUCUGCAUUCUUCAAUGAUAGUGUUGCAAUAGGUGCUUUUCAUGCUGUUAAGCAUGGCAUUGUGGUGGUUUGCUCAGCUGGGAAUUCCGGUCCAGCUGAAGGUACCGUCUCCAAUGUAGCGCCGUGGCAGAUCACUGUUGGUGCCAGUACCAUAGACAGGGAGUUCCCCAGUUAUGUCACCCUUGGAAACUGGAAGCACUUCAGGGGACAGAGCUUAUCGCCUGUGGCCUUGCCGGGGAAAAGGUUCUACCGGCUUAUUAGUGCUGCAGAUGCUAAAGCAGCUAACGCAUCAGUUCAAGAAGCUCUGUUAUGCAAGGCUGGCACACUUGAUCUCAAAAAGGUGAAGGGAAAGAUCUUGGCCUGCCUUCGAGGAGACAGUGCAAGAGUGGACAAGGGUGAGCAAGCCUUACUGGCUGGCGCCGUGGGAAUGAUUCUUGCUAACGAUGAGCUUAGCGGGAACGAAAUUAUUUCUGAUCCACAUGUCCUCCCUGCUUCACAUAUCAAUUUCACCGACGGUGCCCUUGUCUUUGCUUACAUCAAUUCAACUAAGUCUCCCAGGGCUUACAUAAAGCGUCCAACAACGCAACUGGGAACGAAGCCAGCUCCCGUCAUGGCAGCAUUUUCAUCAAAGGGACCCAACACCAUCACACCAGACAUCCUUAAGCCUGAUAUCACUGCGCCAGGAGUGAGUAUCAUAGCAGCCUACACUGAAGCACAAGGGCCAACAAAUCAAAUGUUUGACAAACGGCGAGUUCUGUUCAACUCAGUGUCAGGCACAUCAAUGUCAUGCCCUCAUAUUUCCGGCAUUUGCGGCCUUCUUAAAACCCUCUAUCCUCACUGGAGCCCUGCAGCUAUUAAAUCUGCAAUCAUGACCACAGGUAAGAACACCCUAAUCCAUUCAUCUCAUCUCUUCCUUGGAAAGGAACAUAGGCCAAGUUUUCUUAUAGCAUAUGAGUGCCCAAAACCUGCUGUUAGUCUCACUAACCUCAACUAUCCCUCAAUCACUGUCCCUAAACUCAAUGGAUCCCUUGUGGUGACUAGAACAGUGAAAAAUGUUGGCACUCCAGGAACUUACAAGGCUCGUAUCCAGAACCCAGAUGGCAUAUCGGUUUCAGUUGAGCCAAACAAGUUGGAGUUCAAGAAAAUUGGUGAAGAGAAGAGCUUUAAACUACUCCUGCAGGUUAUAGAUGCCAAAGCAGCUAAGAACUAUGUGUUUGGGAAGUUGAUAUGGUCAGAUGGUAAGCACUAUGUAAGGAGCCCCAUUGUGGUAAAGGCUGCCUAGAAGUAGCCAAAAAUAGUCCAAGUCAUCAUGUUGUGAGACAAAACCAUUUAAAUCAUGUCAAAAUAAGGAAAAAAAACCAGAUGUAUUUACAAUUAUAGUAUGCUUAGUAAUAAUUAGUCCUACUA